AUAAAAUAUAACAUUUUUAUAUCUCACCGGGAAAAGUCAUCUAUGGCAUUGGGAUUAUAAAUAAUAAAUCUUGGCCGUAGAUAACUUCUUGGUUGUUCACUUAUUUUAGAGGAUUCAGAAUGCCGCGUCAACUUUGGGGUAAAUUGAAGGAGACGUCAAUAACAGAUAAUGAAUCUGAAAAAAUGGUUCCAGUUGUAGCAAAACGCGCGAAAUUAGAAGAAAUGCAAGAGAAAUUGCCGUCCUCCGUUAAGAAAAGUUGUGUGCAAUUAAAAGUUAAAAAUCCCCUAGUGACACAGACUAUAGAAGUAAUGAAGCAGACAGAAAUGUUGCAAUCACUUAUUGAUACAUAUUCCAACAAAUCGGGUACUUCUAACUACUUGCUGAAUCCUUGUCAAAUGAUACCUGAAGUAGAUUUCCCACCCGAAAAUGCCACUGAUUUCAUCAACGAUGAUAAAUUUGCAAAACCAAUAUGGUUUAUACCACCAAUUGAAACGCGGUUUGCUCGAGGUGUACCACAGUCUUAUCCUGAAAUUAAUCCCGAGAUUUGCCGGGCUGCAUUACGAAAAGCGGUUUGCGGACAGCUUCGUGUCUCUGGCUUCACAGAUAUAUCCGAAUCGGCCCUAAUUCUGUUUGCCGAUGCAGCACAAGAGUUUAUGCGUAACUUCAUGCUGCGGAUUCGUGAAGUGCAUGCCAAUAAUCCACAGACUGAAAUUCAAAAUGAAGUAGAAGUGAAGAGUCUCGAAAAAGCAUACUACUCAUUGGCUAAUGCGUCAUUGACUCAAGUCCAUAACUAUUUUAAGCAUCAGUUGGUGGCACGUAACCGCAGUGAAAUCGCUGAAUUUAAUGGUGUAUUGCAGGAAUAUGACAAAUUAAUGAAAGAGAGUCAGAGUAUGCAAAAAGAAGAAUUCCAAGGUGAUUUUUUGAAUAUACUUGAAAUGCCUGCGUCGAAUGAACCCAAUGUCAGUAUUCUGAGCAGCGGUAUGGAUAUGACGAGCGCAAGUUCCGCCAGCUCUCAAAGUGGUGCUGGAAUGUUGAGUAUGCUUGAAGGACAAUCUCACAUGUCGGUGCAGAGUGCAAGUAAUUAUAAAGAUGUACUUCGGACUAAACAUUCAGAUGUUACCUCAUCAGGACAAGAUAAUAGUGCAAAUGUUAACACAUAUACAACAGAAACUUUUCUGCAUUAAAGGUACAAAAUUUAAUAAAAAAAUAAAUAAAUAAUUGUA